AUUUGGGGGGGCGCUAGUGAUUGAAAGCGGGUUUGUGCAGAGCGCGGGAGACAAAGGGAACGAGAGAAGCAGCAAGGGAUCUGUUGCACACGUUUGGACAGCAUUCAAUCAACACUUGUUGCCAAACAGUCUUGACCUGUUACAUUAUGGCAUCGGCAUCAGAUGAUAUCAAGGUGAAAGAAUUGGACAAGAGGUCUUCUGGCCAGGCUUUUGAGUUGAUCCUGAGCCCACCUGCAGCUGAAGCUAUUCCGGAGUUUCCCCUCUCUCCUCCGAAGAAAAAGGACCUUUCGUUGGAAGAAAUCCAGCGCAAACAUGAAGCUGCAGAAAUUAGGCGAAAGUCACAUGAAGCAGAAGUGCUAAAGCAAUUGGCUGAAAAACGAGAGCAUGAAAAGGAAGUGCUUCAGAAAGCUAUUGAAGAAAACAAUAAUUUCAGGAAAAUGGCAGAAGAGAAACUGACCACCAAGAUGGAAGCUAACAAAGAGAACCGUGAAGCCCAACUAGCAGCCAAACUGGAGCGCCUACGAGAGAAGGAAAAGCGGAUGGAAGAAGUCCGAAAGAGUAAAGAGAUCAAAGAAAGUGAAGACUAACUCCUUGUCCUUUUUUUUUGUUUGGAAUUUGACUCUUCAAACAUCCAAAGAUGUGUUCUUUUUUUCAAUGGCAGUGUUUUUUUUUUAAAUGGCCAGUGUGUUAAUGGGAACUCCUAUUUGUAAUAAUGCUACUAAGUAUACAACUGCAAGCCAAACGCUCAGCAGAGGAAGCUUGUAUUUUGUAUGCUUUCCAUCUUUUGUAAGCAUUCCUGUGGGUUCCCCAUCCCAUGUAGAUAUAUGGAGCUCCUGCAUUUUUUUCUACAAGUAGUGAAUUGAAUGGGAUUGCUGGUUCAGGUUAUUCCUUUUGUGAAAUGUGUAAUUUCCAGCAUGCUUUACUGAUGUGUUACACGUCUAGUCUACAAGUGUGUAACUGUGUAAACCUGCUUAACCUGUUGCAUCUGCCUUGACUUCAAUAAAACUGCACAAUUGCUGUU